AUGUCUGUACCCAUAUACCGAUCGAAGCCAGACUACAGCAAUCUUGAGGUCGCUGAAAACCGAAAUCCCCUCAUACAAAGCUACGGCAUCGAAGUAAAUGACGACAGCAAUUGUCUAGAGCCUGCAGCAUUCGAAAGAGAUCCGAAUACCCUCCCGAUUCCACUCUCUGCAUCCAAGGACGAGAAGGUCGUUGGCUCUCAUAUUCAAUUCUCUGGACUAUCGCCAACCUCGAACCAACAAGACAAUUACUUGUCUUCAACCUCUUCCACCAUAUGUGGGGUUCGUCGGAUGAUUUUUUGGGUUAUAAUAGGUGUUAUUUCUUUGGUAAUAAUCGCAGCUGCGAUUGGUGGUGGAGUAGGAGGCCAUUUCACCCACCACAAUAAUCAGACUUCUUCCAACUCAACACACGCGACACAAGACUCAUACAUUGCUGCUCUACAUUGGAUUGAUGGGACAAACACGAGCCAAUACUGCAUUUAUUACCAACCAAGAAAUCAAAAUGAAGUAUUCGAGUCGUCUUGGAGCUCCAACAAUCAGACUUGGGCCGUGUCAGACAUUACCGAUCCCAGCUUUGAUGUAAAGCCCAAUACCCCUCUUACGUCGUCGGCUGGAUAUCCUUACACCAACACCAAUAACUCUUUGGUAAAAAAUAUCUAUUUCGUACAAUCGUCUGGAACAGCCAUCGAACGGCAGUCCCCGUAUAAGGAGCAGCCAGGUAUUUGGGGCGAUAAUAACUUCAGUGGACUCUACAAGAUAUCUAAAAGCUCUUCCCUUUUCUCGUACUGGUACCAGGACUUUGAUAUCCGGCGCCAUAUUCUCGCUGUCUUCUUCCAGGAACACGGGGCCAACUCACUUACGGUCGGAAAGUAUGUCCAGAACAGUACCAAUGAUGAACCAUGGCAAAGCAUCAAGCAAGAUAUGCCGAUCCAAGAUGGUUCACCGAUUGCUGCCGCUCCGGUAGGAAGUAGAAGGGAUUUGCGCUUGUACGUUGGAGGCACGGAUGGGACCAUGAAGCAAUAUCCAUAUAACGUUGACACCGAUAUUUUGGGAGAUGAAGUUAGCACUACCUUCAACUUGGCUCCUCAUACACCCAUCUGUGUCACAAUGGAGGAUAACCGAAACUAUUAUACAGAGGAUGGUACUCUCCCUCAGUGCGCAAAGAACAACGGAGCAUUCUUAACGCAUUUGAUCCUAUUUGCGUCACCCGAUCGCAAAAACCUGACAUUGGUAUCAUGGAAUUGUUCGAGCGGAUUCUCCAUACAACAAAGCCGUAUUGAGAAAUUGUUACUACCAGAUCGCACAUAUCUAGGUCUUGCGACGACGUCGGCAAGCAACCUAACAUUCGCCGAUAACAGAGUCUAUGUUCUUUAUGACGAAGGCAACGGUCCGGAGGUCGAUGAGUGGCAGAUCCCUACGAGUGGAGAUUCUAAUAUUACGGGGCAGAAUGGGCCAUGGACACGACUUGGUAGUGUUCGUAUUAUGCAAUGA